AGCAGACCAAGGUCUUCCUUCUUCGCCGGCCGAACUGCUCGAUUCUCGUCGGCGCCGUCGUCGUCUGCUUCACGAUCUUCUCUCCAACACUCUUACAGAACUUGAAAAUUAUCGUAGCAGUCUGUUUUUCUUUCUUUCAGAUUUCAAAAAUCUCUAAUUUUUAGGGUUUUCUCUUUGAGGGAAAAUUUAUCGAAGGGAUGCUAAUCACAUCGAAUACCGUAGAGAUCAUCAUCAGUUAUGCUCCGCCGUCUUAAAUGGUUCAUAGCUGGUUUCAAUCAACAGAAAACACCUAAAACCAAGGCCGAUGCGAAGCUCUUGUCGCUACCAGGGGAACAUCAUUCAAGUACUCAAAGUCGCAAGUCAAUGUUGGAGGCCGUUCACGAAGUUGCGAUUUAUAUUCAUAGGUUUCAUAACCUAGACCUCUUUCAGCAAGGGUGGUACCAGAUCAAGAUUACCAUGAGAUGGGAAGAUAGUGACUACGCAUCUUCACUGGGUACCCCUUCAAGAGUGGUUCAGUACGACGCUCCUGAUCUUGGUUCUGACGAGGCGUUGGGGGUUUGGAAGAUUGAUGACACGGACCAUAGUUUUUCAUCACAGCCUUUCCGGAUUCGGUAUGCAAGACAGGAUAUUCUUCUAUCAGUCAUGAUAUCUUUCAACUUAUCUCUUGGUAAAUUUAAGGGUCCGAUCACAUCUGCUGUAAUUCUGAAAUUUGAGCUUCUCUACACACCUGUUUUGGAGAAUGGCUCCAAUAUGCAGGACUCUUUGGAUGCAUCCCCUGCUGCGGUGCACGAAUUCCGAAUUCCACCCAAGGCUCUUCUUGGGCUGCAUUCAUAUUGUCCUGUUCACUUUGAUGCUUUCCAUGCCGUGCUAGUUGAUACGAGUGUGCACAUCAGCUUACUGAAGGGCGGUGUUCAUGCCAUGAAGAAACCCAGUGGCAGCAAUUCUCAUAGUCAUGAAGAAGUUACCAGUGAAAAGUACGACAAGGAAACUCAAGUCUUUCUUGUGAAGGCCUUUUUAACUUCCCGUGCAAGUCUACUUCAAGAGCUACAAAAUCUUAGCACGGCAAUUGAUCAAACAAUUGAGUUGACUGGUUUUGCUUCCCAACACGAUGAGACAAAGUUCUUGGCUGCUUCUGCGGAAGUGGGCAUGGAGACUGCCAAUGGUUCUAAGAUCCCAAAUGGCACCCUUGAUUUCUCAAGUGAUGAUCUUUAUUCCCUACAGAAUGAUGAACUUUACCGUCUUUUUCAUUCACUUGGAGAUCAAAUGCACUACUUGUGGAACACAUUUCUGAACUUUCACAGGGCUAACAAAACAAAGGUUUUGGAGCAUUUACGUAAUUCCUGGGCUAUCGAUCGUAGAGCUGAAUGGUCAAUAUGGAUGGUGUACUCUAAAGUAGAGAUGCCUCACCAAUCUACCCGAAGCGAGAUUGAUGACUCCUUGUACCAUGGUCUUCGUGGGAAACUCCCUGUUCUUCGGAAGAUAACUGAAGAUUCUUCCCAGGCUGCAGCAAUGCGUGCUGAGCUCCACCGUCGUAGUAUUGCACAGAUGAGGAUAAACAAUCGUUCAAUCCAAGACCUUCAUAUUUUUGGGGAUCCCUCACGUAUACCUAUCAUAAUCGUAGAACGUGUAGUAAAUGCACCAUUGCAUUCACCCAGUGGAAAUUCUUACUUCAGGAACAUGGACCCAAAAGAUACUAAUGGCAUGCUUCCAGAAAUUGACUCAAGUUUCUCUGGCAAUCAGCAGAAGGGCCGGGUUUUGAAGAUUGCUGUGUUUGUUCAUGGUUUUCAGGGACAUCAUCUGGAUUUACGACUUGUGCGGAAUCAAUGGCUUCUGAUAGAUCCGAAAAUCGAGUUUCUAAUGUCGGAGGUCAAUGAAGACAAGACUUCUGAGGACUUUAGGGAUAUGGGAUUAAGACUGGCCCAAGAAGUCAUUGUUUUUGUUAAAAAGAAGAUGGAUAAAGCCUCAAGAUCCGGUGGCUUAAAAAACGUUAAGCUCAGCUUUGUUGGUCACUCCAUUGGAAAUGUGAUUAUAAGAACGGCUCUAGCAGAGAGCAUCAUGGAGCCGUACCAUAGGUACCUGAAUACAUACAUCUCUGUUUCGGGGCCACAUUUAGGUUAUCUCUACAGUUCAAAUUCUCUUUUCAAUUCUGGAUUAUGGCUGUUGAAGAAGCUUAAGAAUACUCGAUGCAUUCAUCAACUGACUUUCACUGAUGAUAUAGAUCUAGAAAACACUUUCUUCUACAAACUUUCCAAGCAAAAGACGUUGGAAAGUUUUAAGAACAUAAUCCUGCUAUCUUCUCCUCAGGAUGGUUAUGUUCCUUAUCAUUCUGCUCGAAUGGAGAUGUGCCAAGCAUCGUCAGCGGACUACUCAAAGAAGGGUAAACUUUUUCUCGAGAUGCUUAACAACUGCUUGGACCAAAUCCGCUCCCCAUCCUCUGCACAACGCACAUUUAUGCGAUGUGACGUCAACUUUGACACCUCAUUACAAGGCCGAAACUUGAACACCAUGAUUGGACGAGCUGCACACAUAGAAUUCUUGGAAAGCGACAUUUUUGCAAAGUUCAUUAUGUGGUCUUUUCCAGAACUAUUUCGCUGAUCCAUCUGGAGAACAAAUGUUCCUGAGUCACAAGCUAUCCCUGAUGGGCAUGCCAAGGCCAACUUCCUUUUCUACGAUAAAGGGUCAAAGAUGAGUUCGUCUGAAAGACGCUACAAUCUGCUGAAUGUUAGCUGCAUCACCGUCAAGAGAACAUGCACACAGAACCAUGAUACUGUAAAUUAUCAGGUAGAAAGCUUCAAGCUGCUUCAUGUAGGUGAUUAUAAGUUCAUAACCCACUUUACGCGUUUUAUAAUGUAAAUUUUCAGGUUUAAUUCUACACGGGUAGAAUUUCAAUCGUGUACUUGCACGUAGUGGUGGGAAGUUGAUGACAAUAGAUGAAUAUCAUGUGUUUCCCGAGUUUUCUACUAUGCUUGUCAACCUUUGUUUCUAGAAACAUAUUUUAUUGUUUAUAUAUUUUAUGGGUUCAGC